CUGUGUUUAUCCAGCGUCACCAUCAUGAGGAAGUGGUCAAAAGGAGGUCCAUAAGCUCCGGUGAACCGACUCCUGACCUGUGCCGAGAGCAAAGUGACAUCAUAACCCAUCUGAGACAGCAGCCAGGAGAAGAGUCCGUUAAUCUCAAAGCAGAAUCCUCCACGACGCUUCAUCACGAUUUUUUCAUACAGAAGUGGCAGCUCCAGCCUGACCCGACCCCGGGUGUGAAUGUUUCUCCUUAUCUUAAAACACACCCCAAAGUGAUGCCUCUUCCUGAAACCAUGUACUGCGCUCAGCAGAUCAACAUCCCUCCAGCUCUGCCCAAUAUGUUAAAGCAGUUCACAAAAGCAGCAAUAAGGACGCAGCCUUGUGAUGUGCUGCAGUGGGCGGCUGACUAUUUUUCAGCAUUAUCAAAAGGUCAGGACCUGCCAGUUAAGAAGAGGCUGGAAUUGCCAGUGGCGACUCAAAAGACAGACACAGGACUUACACCAGGCCUUCUGAAGAUCCUUCAUCAACAGCUUGCACCUAAAGAAACAUUUACGAAAGAUGAGCUUCUUCCCAAGUGGAAAGUCCUGCACUUGCCCGUGGAACAGCUUGACACUAUCCUCGCACUUGGAAACUUCAGCGAAAACAUUAACUGGAUGCAGUUUUUUGCUUUAGCAUGCAGCGCUUUGGGUGGGAGCAUCACGAGUGCUUUGAAACAUGCAUGUGAAAUACUCACAGAGGACCCUGAGGGUGGUCCAGCGCAGAUUCCUUUCCACAUGUUUCACAGUCUGUACACAUACUUGGCCCAUCUGGAUGGAGAAAUUCCUGAAGAACAGAUCGACAGUUUCUUGCACUGUUUAGAGGAGCAAGCACAAAGCCAAGGAGAAAUGGUGCAACCUUCAAACUUUACAAGCCUCCAUAGUGUUGAGAAGUAAAAUCCAGAUGGCCUUCAAGUACUCAAAAAAUAUUGAUUCUAGUUAGUGUCCUGUUUUUGCCAUCUUUAUCUUUUAUAAUGUGGUGUGAAUGUAUUAUUUAACCCCAAAUAAAUUCUCAAAUAUCAAAUCUAGGGUGUCUGGAAAGUGAAAG